AAGAGAUCUAAAAAUACUCUAGAGCGUUGUCACGCUUUGAGAUGCCAAUAAUAAUGUUCGAAAUAAGGCCUGAAUCAGUUUCAGAUUCUGUAUAUUCCUUACGUAUCAUGUCUAGCGGUGUUGGGAUUUAAAAAUAAUUGACUACUAGAAGGAAUUUCCAAUUUUUUUGUGAAACGGAAUUGUUACUGAUGCGAGAGUGAUGUGAUCAUUUAGGUGAAAAAUUUUUGCUAUAUAAAAACUGUGUCAAUGUGCAUCUAGUGAUCUAGUGCUAAAUUGUGACAUCUAUUAAUUAUAAGGGAAUGAAUUUCAGCCAUGAGUAGUUUGUUAAAACAAUCAUUGAAUGGAAAUAUUCACAAGAUUAGAGAAUUUGAAUUAGAAAAAGUAAACCUAGGAGAUGAAUUCGACAUUCUUCAAAUAGUGGGCGAAGGCUGGUUUGGUAAGAUACUUCUCGUCGAACACAAGGCUACCGACACCGAAAUGGUCCUCAAAGCCCUUCCUAAACCGUACACGGCCCUCAAGGAUUUCUACAGGGAGUUCCAUUACGGUUUACACCUCGGAGUCCAUAAAAACAUCAUCACUGCGUAUGACGUGUCGUUUCAGACUGCUGGGUUUUAUGUUUUCUCGCAGGAAUAUGCGCCGCUAGGUGACCUGACUUCGAACGUUUCAGAAAUAGGCAUAGGCGAACUUCACACGAAAAGGGUUGCCAAACAAUUAGCCGCAGCACUUGAUCAUAUGCACGCCAGGGACCUUGUACAUCGCGACGUCAAACUAGACAACAUAUUAGUCUUUAAAUCGGAUUUUUCUAGAAUUAAAUUAUGCGAUUUUGGCGAAACCAGACGAUCGGGUACCGUGGUACUCAGGAGAAACGAAUGGUUGCCGUACGCAGCGCCUGAAGUACUGUUGGUACCAACAGAUGGAACCUAUAUGGCUCAAACGUCACACGAUGUCUGGCAAUUUGGCAUCGUAAUUUUCGUUUGCCUCACCGGUUGUCUGCCGUGGCAAAAAGCCGCCAUGGAUGAUCCCAGAUACGUCAGAUAUCUCUCCUGGCAGAAUUCAAACAUACCUUUAAAACGACAACCGAAACUGUUCAAAUUAGUUUCUUCCAAAGCCCAGAGAUUGUUUAAGAAAUAUUUAGAACCACGUCCGGAGAAGCGACCACAUGGUUUGGCAGAAGUCUACAGGUUUUUAGAAGACAGAUGGAUGUCUAAAGGUAUGGAAAAGACCAACGAAACGCUCAAAGAAGACGAAGGUUUAUGCCCGUCAAUGUACAGUUUCCACAGUAGCCCAGAAGAAAAAAACAAACUCUUAUUCACCUUAACCCAAUAUGGUCUGGAAACCACGGUGGACAGAGCAGCCAAGAAGAAUAGAAUCAGAGAAUGGAUCCAAAAUAGUGUAAUAGAAGAAGAAGAAGAAGAAGCUAAUGAAGAGGAAGAAGAAGAGGACGAAGAGAACAUUAGAAUCAAAGAUAAUCAAAACGGACCGAUUGGCGAAAGGGAAUCCAUAGCAGAAAGAAAAAUUAAAGAGAUCAAAAAUCAUCAACACCGAAGGAACAGGAGACACCACCAGGUUAAAAACGAGGUUCCCUAUAAACCCCCUGUAGACCCCCGGAUUCCAUUGGAAAGUCAGAAAACCAUUCCUCUGAAUCCCAGCAACAGAAAUUUCAAAACCAACAAUUCUACUGGUGUAAAAACCGUACCAAAUUCUUGGUACAAAGUUCCUAAUUCUUUGACUUCUUCUGAAAGCGCUUUUAGUAGCGAUUCCAGCUUAACUAUUAAGCACAAGAUAAAUAUUCAGAUACCGCAAACUUGACAUUUGACGUCUGACAAUUAAGGUUAUGUUUAUGGAGAUUUUUGGAGGUUGUGCUAGUUUGAGACUGACAGAGAAUGUUAUUUAAACAUUUUCUGGAUGGUAUUUAUUUUGGGUAGGAAUCAUGUGAAGUUAGAGAAUGGAAGGGAAGUAUACAAAUGUCAAAUUUUAUUAUUUUUUUAAACGAAAAGCGUGAUAUAAAUAAAGUUUUUUUUUAAUUUUUAAUGUUUAUGGAAAAACGUUGCGGAAUGUUAGAAAAUAAUGAUAAACCUUUUAGAAGGUAGUUUUUAUUCAGUAUUCCUAUUAUUUUUAUAUAUUCUAUUAAUAAUAAAUAACUUUAAAUAUAUAUUUUAGUGAAUAUAUAAUUGGCGAUAAAAUUUGAUUAUGCUAUAUUUUAUGUAAAUUUUCAGAACUGAUUAUAAAUAAACUGCUCAAAUUUUGUUUUAUUUUCAUUCUGGUUUUGUAAAAUAUUUGGUCGCGUGGUGAUAAAUCUAGUAAGUAUUGUAGAUAAAAAAAAUUAUAUAAAAACUUGUAUUUGCUAUUUAUUAACAAAUAAAAAUUAUUUGUGGCUUCUAAAAGUACCGUUUACUUUAAUAACCAUAAGUAGAUUCACUAAAACUAAAUAUAAUAUUUAAUAGAAUAAACACACGUAAAUAAAAUUAAUUAGCGAUAUCUUAUUAUUAGCAAUAACAAUUUCACAAGGUAUACAUUUGGUAAUUGUGCGAACAAUUAAUAAAGGUGUUCUCAACAUCUGAAGGUCCAUCUAGAAAAAUAAAUAAAACGUCAUGCAAUUAAAAAUUAAAUUUUACCAAUGUAAAAACUUACUAAUGGGAUACCAGGAAGAGGAUGAUUUGUCAAAAUAUGUUCUCACUGUCGAUGCAGCAUUUCGUAUCGCUAGAGGCACGGUAACAGCUAAACACAGGGCUGGUUCUCCAACAGCUAAAAUAACAUUUAAUAAAAACUAAAUUAAGUCGUUAGUACAAUAGAAAGUACAGACAUCAUUUAUAGCGAUUAAAAAAGUAGCGGCCCCAAGUUCCUACAGAUCACCUAAAGAUCAAAAAAUUACUGUCUGAAUAAAAUUUUCUUUUUUGUAUUGUAUUUUCUUUCUUAUUUAAGAAUUUAGUUUAAUUUUGAAAAACUCACCUUUAGACUUCAAAACUCCUACAGGAUUGGGAUUUUUACCGGGAAGCUUUAUCCUAAAAUCAAUAGGAAUGUCUUUGGCACCCGGAGGAGUAUAAUUCCAAGUUCUAUUGGACAAAAUUUCCCCGUUUUCACCAACUACGACCUUUUCGGUGGUAAAAUAUCCCAUGCCCAUGACAAAAGCACCUUCGAUUUGUCCAAUGUCAAUUUCGGGAUUCAUGCUGUCUCCCACAUCUUCCAAAAUGUCGACUCUGGUGACCUGAUGAAGACCUGUCAAAACAUCUAGUUCUAUUUCUGCGGCACAAACUGCGUAUACCUUGUAUCUAUUCAGAUCUGGGCACACAGGGG